UUUCCUGCGGGCGCGGUCCCGACACCGGCAGGUGGGCGGGGGGUACGCGCCCGAGAUAGAGACAUCUGAGACAGCCGGUGGGGGGAGAGACAGCAAGGAAGAGAGCGCUGUGUUGUAGACUAGGCUUAUCUGGGUGUAGCAGGUAGAGAGAGACAGCCGGGGAGUAAGACGGGAGAAUUACAAGAGAGGGAGUCCGAGGAUGACAUAGAGAGAGAGAGAGGGGGGUGGGGGGGAGAUUAUCAGCUGAGAAGAGACAGGCCUGGGAUGAAAGCAAUGUGAAGAGAGCUUAUAUCCAGGAGUCUGUGACAGGGGCCUGCUUAUAGAGACAGCCAGAGACCUCAGGGGAUAAGGUUCUGUGGUGAGGCCAGGACAUGGCGAGCAAGUGACAGACGGCGAGAGUGACACCUGCCCGGCCACCAGAAGAGACGUCCCACCAUGUCAGCACCACGGGCUCCGAACAAGCUGUCCAGCACCGAGCGUCCUGUCCGAGCCGUCCCUUUCCCUCCAACGCGACGGUUGGCUAUGAAUGAGGUAUUUGUGGAUGGCCGUCCACAGCUGGAGACUUUGAAGAACCAUUUGGUAAAAGAGGGAAGACUGGAGGAAGAAGUGGCUUUACGUAUCAUCCGAGAAGGUGCUGCCAUUUUGCGACAUGAAAAAACCAUGCUGGAGGUGGAAGCUCCCAUCACAGUAUGCGGAGAUAUUCACGGACAGUUCUUUGACCUCAUGAAGUUGUUUGAGGUUGGAGGCUCCCCUCACACCACGCGCUACCUCUUCCUAGGGGACUAUGUGGAUCGGGGAUACUUCAGCAUAGAGUGCGUUCUCUACCUCUGGAGCUUGAAAAUCAUUCACCCCAAAACACUCUUCUUGUUGCGAGGGAACCAUGAGUGCCGACACUUGACAGAGUAUUUCACCUUCAAGCAAGAAUGUAAAAUUAAGUAUUCGGAGCGAGUGUAUGACUCCUGUAUGGAUGCCUUCGACUGCCUCCCACUAGCAGCUCUGCUGAACCAGCAGUUCCUGUGUGUACACGGGGGUCUCUCCCCUGAAAUCUCUUGCCUGGACGACAUCAGAAAGUUAGACCGAUUUAAGGAACCCCCCGCUUUUGGCCCUAUGUGCGACCUGCUAUGGUCUGACCCCGCUGAGGACUACGGCAAUGAGAAGACUCUGGAACAUUUCACCCACAACACAGUUCGCGGGUGCUCCUAUUUCUACAGCUACCCCGCCGUCUGUGAAUUCCUGCAGAGCAACAACCUCCUGUCAGUGAUUCGAGCCCACGAGGCACAGGAUGCUGGUUACCGAAUGUAUCGGAAAAGUCAGACAACCGGUUUUCCUUCUCUCAUCACCAUUUUUUCUGCACCGAAUUACCUUGACGUCUACAACAACAAAGCCGCAGUGCUGAAGUAUGAAAACAAUGUCAUGAACAUCCGUCAGUUUAAUUGCUCGCCACAUCCUUACUGGCUGCCAAACUUCAUGGACGUGUUCACAUGGUCCCUGCCCUUUGUAGGGGAGAAAGUUACGGAAAUGCUAGUGAACAUUCUCAGCAUAUGCUCGGAUGAUGAGCUGAUUUCGGAUGGAGAAGACACGCUGGAAAGUGGAGCUUCUGUGCGCAAAGAGAUUAUUCGGAACAAGAUCCGAGCGAUCGGCAAGAUGGCCCGCGUCUUCUCUGUGCUCAGGGAGGAAAGUGAGAGUGUGCUGACGCUGAAGGGCUUGACACCCACAGGAACACUUCCCCAGGGAGUGCUGUCUGGCGGGAGACAGACUCUGCAGAGCGCUACAGAAGAAGCCGUCGAGGCACAAGAAGCCGUCCAAAGCUUCUCUCCCCAGCACAAGAUCCGCAGCUUCGAAGAAGCCAGGGGCCUAGACCGCGUCAAUGAGCGUAUGCCACCUCGCCGUCCCAACUCCUCCCAAGACGUCAACCUGAACUCGGCCGACAAGAACAGUAACAGAAGCCAGCAGUGACACUGCCGCCAGCAAUCACACAUUGUGUCAUCUACCACCAACACAUGCUGGAGGGCAGGACUCGGAAACCAGUCCAACAUUAAAAAAAAAAAAGACAAAAAAACCAUGUAGACAACCAUUUGUACACCAGGGACACAUACACAUACAUUGCAGCCAUGCUGCUCACCCUACAGACAUAAAAGUACCAUAAUCCUGUUCACAAGUGUCCUCCUCCUCCAGGUAUGUAUAUGAAUCAAGGUCCGUACAUAACCCUUCUGAUAAAUGCACUUACAGAUCCAUGGACAUACAGACGUGGAAGACACACACAGACUGAUACACACACACGGUUUGUGAGCAUACACACACGAGCUGGUCCGUCCUCCAGUUUGUAUCCUCUCUGUAAAUGUUAUUUGCGUUCUAUAUAUAUAUAUUUAUACAUGUGUAAUAUAAAUGCCCUGUUUUUUAAUGUAGGGUCCAUCUAGCGGCAGCAGCUGCAGUAUUGUACCAUAUUACCAGGGCCAGUUUGCAGCGCCCCCUCCUGCAGAGCCACUGGCACUGCACCCGGAUACAGAUUUAAGCCAUCUACUUCUUGUAUAGCCGGACACGCCGUGUUUAUUGAUACAGGUACUAGAAGUCGGAGAUGUAUUUUUUACAUGAUGUAAGGACAUCCCCAGAUCUGAUAAAUGCAGAGCCUGGCUAUCUGCCAGUGAAGCGUAAUAACCCAUCCGCCCUCUGGGGGCACAGAGCAUAGCAUGGCAUGAUCACUGCACACGUAACCAUCCUGUGAUGGAAACGACUAUGGGGUACACUCAUACAUUGCACUGAACACGUGAGAACAAACAGCUGUCCCCUGAGCACUCCGUCGAGGGCGACUCCGAUUGCACUGCCGUGGGUGGCUCUGCGCACGUGGACUGCACUGCGGUGCUUGCUCUGCAGUUUGUCGCUGCUCUCUCAAGCACUAAUAAUCAUAUACCAGAGAGAUCACUUAUUUGGGGGUUUAUUUUUGAGGGGUUACGCUGCCGCCUGAACACUCCCCAUCACCUGUCCAUCCUCCUCUCUUCUCCAGGGCACAUCCAUUAUAUUAAGGGAGUGCAUUUAGGGCUAACUACAUAGGAAACCUUUGAACCACAAGGGCUUGAGGUGACACAAAGUUGUAUCUUUAGUGUGGCACUCAGUGACUGGGCUCCCUAUUGACCAGGGACCCAUACUGCCAUCGCAAUAAGGCACUCAGGAGUUGGGUUACCUUCAGACAAUCUCAUCUUCAGCACAUCUCCUGCAGUGUCUUGAAAGCACCAUGGAAGAGCCACCUUAUGGCUGCCUGUGUCCUCUGGUGAUGAAUAGCACAAUGAUUAACUCUUUCACUGCUCCCAUCUUUCAGUUUGAUUUCGAUGGCCCACAUGGAGGGGGUCGGGUGAUAUGCUUGUUUCUCUACGCCCUCUCUUCAUUCUUUCUUCUCUUCAUUAAGUCUAUGAUUUGCUGAGUUGUCUUGUAAUAAAACAGAGGAAAUGUUUUUAAAAAGUAAAUGAUUUUUUUCCACAAGAGAUUGGGAGAAAAAAAAAAAAAGUUCAGAUUAAACUGCAAAAUAGUUAAAUGAA